CGAGGUCACCAAUGGUGUUUAACCGGAAGUGGUGAUUGUGUAGUGUUUUCUUGCUUCUCUGUUUUGUUUCCAUUGUUUUUAAAAGAUCAAAUAUAUCAUCGGAACAGUCUCCGGAAGAUUAGAUAUGAUGCGGGAGGAUGGACGUUGAUGGGGACGUAGAUCAGCAGCUGCUGCAGCAGUUUAGCUCGCUUGGAACAACCGACAAAGAUGUUCUAAUCGCAGAGUUCCAGAAACUCCUUGGCCAUCAGCUGAAUCCUGCAGGAUGUGCCUUCUUCCUUGACAUGAACAAUUGGAAUCUACAGGCAGCAAUAUGUGCUUACUACGAUUUUGAGAUGCCAAAGCUGAAGCUUCCAGGAAUGGCAUUCAUUAGCGAUGUCACGAUAGGAGAAGGGGAGGCUGUUCCACCAAAUACGGGUUUUCUAAAAACCUGGCGCAUAAAGAAUACAGGUAGCGAGUCGUGGCCGCCGGGUUGUUGCCUCCGCUACACUCAGGGUGAGCAGUUGGGGUCACGCGAUCGCACGAUGGUCGGCCCGCUCGCUCCCCAACAGUGCGCCGACGUCAGCGUCGAGAUGGUGAGUCCUGCACAGCCCGGCAUCUACCAGGGGCAGUGGCGCAUGAGCUCUCCCACGGGAAUGUUUUUUGGAGAGGUGAUCUGGGUGAUAGUUAGUGUGGAGGAAGAUGGAAUGCUAGGGGUUACACAACAACUCAGCUCCUUGUCACCAGGUGGUGAGCAGCAUACACUGCACACAGAAGAGCACAGACAUCCUGAUAGGAAUCCAUUUGAGACUCCACAGCAGCAGGAUCGGUCGCACAUACAGAGCAUGAAUGGAUUUUCACCUACGCAGGCGAGUUCGUUCGAUUCUCCACAGUCACACACGCAAGAGUGGACAUUGUCACCGUCCCCUGUCAGAACUUCUCAUGAGCAGCAGCUUCACAUUCCGACGAGUGGACAUCUUGGUGCAGGGUUUGAGUCGCGAGGAGAACAGAGUAUGAACGAUGAUGAUGUCACCUGACCUAUUAUCACAGCUGAUGUGAUGCAUGAAUACUGACAUGCGUGUGUAUGUGCGUGCGUGUGCGUGUGCGUGCGUGUGCGUGCGCGUGCGUGUGCAUGUGCGCAUGUAUGUGUGCGUGUGUGCGUGUGCGUGUAUGUGUGUGUGUGUCUGUGUGUGUGUGUGUGUGUGUGUGCGUGCAUACAUAGGAUUGUGCGUGCAUGUGUGUGAAACUGAAUGACAGUUGUAUAACUGAUGUUUUCUUUGUGGUUUCCUCGAAUUUUGUAAUUAAACGGACUGUUAUUAAUCUCUAUGAGUAGUAGUAUGCAAUUAUAAUGACACACAAUGUCAUGUAGACGUAGUCCCUCUCUGGGCUUUCAUGUUAGCGAAAUGGAAGUUUUUCUAUAUUUUGUGUGCGUGCAUGUGUAGACGUGUGUGUUAGGGGUGGGAGUAUAGCAGAUGUUUUAACCUGGCUCAUUUACGCAGUUUUUUAACUCUGCUGUGUGAUUGAUGAAGUUUCAUUCAUAACAUUGAUAUUUGUUUGCACUGAUAUACAGAAAGGUUUCUGAAGCCUUUGGUCAGAUUCAUUUACUACUUAUUAAAGGUGGUAGGAAUGUUGAUCCAUUAGCUAGCAGCUUGCUCUGAUUUAGAGCAGAGUACAACACUGUGGUAGUUAAGCUGUACUGACUCCUUAACAAAAUUCAGCGUUAUAAGUGCACAUCGAAGUUAGGCUUUGGUAAAGUUCCGCAUAACUUGAGGUCGUUUGCUAAAUUCUGCGAUUUUUUCGAAAGUCGAAUUCUAAGACUGCAUAUCUUUCAUAUUUUGUUGUUGUUGAGUGAGCGAGUGGUGUGAGUGAAGGUGCGGUUUGUUUGCAGCAUAUAUUGUGUAUUAGAGGUAUACUGUGAGUGUGGAUGUGGUUGUACGGGAGAUUUGUGCACAGGUAUAACAUGGGGAUAUGUCGAAUGUCCCUCACCGGGUGAAAUUAUUAUUUUGUGUGAAGGUUUUCUAUUGAUGCUAUAUUUUUACGACAAUGCAACGCUGCAAGCUGCUGCUGCUGCUGUUUUACUCUGGCGCUCGACGUCAAUGAGCGAAAGUUUGACAUGUCGCGUGAUGGGAGGGAGGCGAAGGUUGCCGUGAGGUUGUAUAUCUGAUGUUCUGUUGUUUGAGAUGCUCCACGCGACAUUGUGGCAGUGACAUUGGCCGCUAGCUUGCUCAGGUCAAACAUACACCACACCAGUGUCCUCUAUACAUACCGGACUACUCAAGGUUGUGUCAGGGUUAAAUGAACGAGUGAAAUGUUCAUUUACUCCUAGUUACGUGUGUGUUUACCUUCACUUCAUACCGAUAGACUGGCGUUUUGUGCGAAACUGCUAUAUGGGGUAACGACAGUGAAAAUUGUGGGAAAGCGUGUGUCAGGUGCUCUCUUGCCAUGCUAAUGUGUAAUUACAAGUCGUGAGAUUCUUGUCCAGAGCCGAAUGAUUUUGAAUUCAAGUAUCAUUUUUAGAUGAAGAGCGCGUGCUGGUGAUUGUACACGUACGCGCAUGCGUACGUGCAUGUGUGACUGCCUGUGUGCGUGUGCGUGCAUGUUUGUGUGUUUGGAGGUGCGUGUUAGCGGGAGUCAGUACGUGUGUGUAUGCGUGUGAAUCGGCUGUCGAUUUUUAAUUGGCUGUUGGAAUUGGACGGUAUAUAAUAAAGACUGUAUUACAAA